AUGUCUGACAUUUCUCAUAUAAUUCCAAUGGGGGUUGCUCCAGAUAAAAGUAUGAAAAUUUCAGAAAUUGUCUGCUCACCUAAUUUAAAAUAUGUUGCUGCGUUGUACGAAGAUGACAAUAUCAAUCUUUGGCCUAUUGAGCAACCUGAUAAAAUAAUUAAUAUUGGCAAGAUUCACAAAACAAAAAAUGGGGAAAAAAUCUUUGCAAUUUCAGAUAAAUAUAUUUCAUUCAGUCUUUAUAGAGACCAACCCUAUAAUUUCAAAAUUUUAGAUUUUGAAAAUGAAAAAGAGGUAUUAUUAAAAUUUCCAGAUUGGCAAAAGGAAAUUGACUAUUUAUCCUUUAUUGAUAACGGAAAUGUUAUAAUGGUCAACGCUAAAUAUUAUAGAGCAUAUGUUUUUUCGAUUGACGAUAAUAUUAGUUGGGCUUGUAAAUUAUGUAAAUCAAUGAUUGAGCUGAAAUAUUUUAAAAAAAUUUAUAUUACUCUUAAAGGCAAAUUGAUCAUAUUUAAUGAUACUAUUUAUGAGAUCACGAUGUGGGACGUUGAAGAAUUAUCGAUUAAAACUCGUAUCUUAAUAGAUUGGGAUUUUACACCUGAAUCUAUUGAAAUUAGCGAUGAUGAAGAAUUAUUAAUAAUAUGUGCAAGAAAUGAGAAAACUAAGGACACAAAUUUAUACAUUUUUUCCACCGAAACAGGGAUAAAUCUGUCAUUCUUUACUACAAAAUUGGUAAUCAAUAGAAUCCACUUGAUCACUUCUAGAAAAGGAGAGAGAUUAUUGUAUAUUACAAGCGAAAAUGACUAUAAUUUAAUGGACCCUUAUAGCCUAAAAUAUCCAAAAGAUGCAAGUGAGCUUUUUGAAAGGAAUGAAAUUCCAAUUCAAGAACCAUACAUAAUUCGAUCGGAUGAAAGAUCGGACAAAAUAAUUUAUACGAUUAAUGGAAGGGUUUUAAUUGAAGAGCUAUUGCCUGAUAAUUGGAUCAAAUACUUACGAAAAGAACUGAAGGACACAAAUAGAAUUACAACUCUGUCUAAAAAGACAAUUGAUAUUAUAGCUGAAAUUAUAGAUAACAAAUUAACUGACGAUUAUAAUGUUGACAGGGAAUUUGAAGGAGAGUAUUUAAAAUGGGGGUUAGAAUUAGACGAUAAAUCAGUCAGACUUACGGUAAUUGAUUAUAACCAUCGUAAAAAGAAAUGGAGCCCAGAUGAUAAAAAAAAGCAUCUAGAUAUUCUCCCAUCAUUUUAUCCUAAUGGAAAAAUUUUUAUAUUAUCCUGUGAAGUUCUUGAAAAUGAUGAUUUCAUUACGAUUACACGUAUUGGUGUAAUUAUCUGGACUUAUAGAAAUUCUGAAAUUAAGAUGCAUUAUUAUUGGAAUUAUUGGAAUAAUCGUUUAGAAGGGUUCGAAUUUGAAAGAAUAAAGUUUAAAAGUCUACUUAAAGACUGGAUUCCAAGAAGAAUUCUUCCCGCUUCUAAUUACGAAACAAUUUAUAAAAAUUUAGAUAUUAAAUUUGGUAAAGAAGCAGAUAAAGAAGCAAAAAAACUUUUCGAAACGUUUUUGGAAGAUAAUAUAAGAGAAGAGUUUUAUUUAACUUGCUACGGAAAAAUUCUCAUGGAAACAUUGAUUAAAUUAAAGGAUGAUAAAUGGAUUCGAUAUUUAGGCGGCAGCUGCAUUGAUAAGUGUAUGCAAGAUAAUAAUCAUUUGAUUUCUAAAAUUUCUUUGCUGAGUAUUAUUUUUGAAAACUUUAAUGAACUAUCAGAAAAUCAUCCUGCAUUUAUAGCAAGUACUUUAUCUUCGAUAGGAUUUGUAGUGCCUUCUAAUAUAGUGACUCCAAACUCUAAUUCUCCACAUCUUUCCAGUUAUGGAAAAUACUGUCAUUUAUCUAAAACUUCAUUUAUUGAUAUAUUAACAUCUAAUCUUUGGAUUCAUUGGAUUAGUUUUCAACAGAGUUUUCAAACAAAUUUCGAAAAAUUUCAAGAAAGUCAUCCUUUUUUUCGAAAAUUCAUUAUAAAUCCAAUUAAUGAAUUCAUUGUAAAUCCAAUUAUCGGUUUUUAUUAUGUAGGCAAUACUUCAACCAUACUUGCAAUUCCUUUACCAAACUUUGUUUCUUAUUCAAAAGAUUACAAUUUAUGGAAAGAAUUAGUGUUACCUGUUUCCAAUUCUUUUACAUCUUCAAAUAAGGUUGAACAUGUAAUUGAUAUUGUCCAAAAUAAUAAUUGGUCUGGUUAUAAAAAGCCUUACGUCUCAAAGAACCUUAAUGAAGUUCUUCUACUCCCUGAAGAAGAGCCCUCUCUUACAGAUAUUGAGUGUGCUAUUAAAAAGACAGAGACUUCUCUAAAACGAAUCGAAAAAACUAUUAAAGAGCUGAAAGAAUCGAUUAAUUCUAGUUGA